UUCAAGUAACUGUUGCAGCUGCAGUUGCGUUCUUCCAACACCAGGGGGCUUCCUGCUGCUGCUGCUGCUGCUGCUGCUGCUGCUUCUCGCCAACCAACCCGCAGGAUCCUCGUCGUCACGGCAACCGGACUACCUUGGCAACCGGUGACGCUGAAGAGACUGAAACUAACGCGCACCGACGGCGAUGAGACGUUUCAACGUGUCGUGAAGACACAAGAACAUACUUAUAUGUUUGACAGCUUCUGGAACUCCGUCAUGUUCGUCCUCGAGGGAAAAGAGAGACCAGCUUUUAAGGGUUUUUUUAACUCCGGUUUGACUUCCUUGUUUUUGUUUUCCUGAAGCCAGGAAACGGGAGGGAACCUUCACAUCGAUGUAUUUAACCAGACCGAAGUCCUCCAAAGGCCGGAGCCGACCCGCCGUCAGCGGCCCCCCGCGCGCCGGUGACACGGAGCGGACACCGGCCGCCGCCGCCGCCGACGGGAAGCUCCGCUCCCGGUCCCAGCCCGCCAUGUGGCCGCGGCGCCCGGAGGAGGAAGUCCCGAUCACCGCACCAGCACCACCACAGUCCCUGAACAAGUACAAGGUGCUGCCGUCCAUAGAGAGGCGGCGCUCAGAGCAGUCGAGCCUGGACAACGACAUGUCCGUGCUCACCCUGUCCGACCCGCCGGACGCUGAAGGGGAGCCGCCCGGGAUCGGACCCGGGCCCCCUCCCCCGGACCCGCCGGGCGGUUCUCUCCUGUUAGCCGUGCGAGCGCCGUGCGGCAGGAGGUUCCAGCGGCAAUUCGCGGCCGCCGACACGCUGCUCGCGGUGAAGGUGAGCGCGGAGGCCCGGUACGGGGACGAGUACGGAGGGGGGGUCUCCAUCGAGACCGCGGACGUGCCGCGCAGGAGCUUCACGGACAUGGACAUGACGCUGGCGCAGUGCGGCGUCGUGGACAGAUCCGUGCUGUGCAUCACGCGCGACCACGACGGCGUGCGGCCGCUGAAAUAGUGGCUCGGCUGUCAUGUGGACGUUUGACCUCUGACCCCUGGCGGUCAUGUGGAUGUUUGACCUCUGACCCCUGUGCAGAACGAUGUGGUCGAGAUGCCGGCGGGACUUUGACGUGUGAUCGAAGACUGAGAACUGGACACAUUGUGUCCCACGGACUUUUCCAACUACACAUAGAAGUUUAUUCAAGGAGAUGAUUUUGGAAUUUUUUGUGCACGUGAUCAAAAAAAGUAUUUUUGAAUAUUCCAUUUGUACACUUUUAAACUUGUUCAUCCAAUUCUUUGGAUUCUUAGUCGGGAGGGAUUUUUUUAAUCACGCACAAACAGAAUCACAGUAGUAACUUGUUUUGUUGUCUGUGUGUAUCACACAUGUGGCUCAUGAGGACAUUUAAAUUACACUCACGUCCUAAAUUGACACAAUAUUUUUGAUCACAGUGGAAAUAUUAAAAUAAAAACUUGGAUCUGCUUUCAGCUAAUGAAGAGUAUGAACAGUCUGGUUUACGUAUAUAUUCGUUGUGGUAGCACUGACUUUCAAUACCAACAUAUCUAAGCUGAAGUUCAGAUCUGCAGACAACAAACAGUUUUUUUUUUCCAGUCCAUUUGUCGCCUAGUUCUUCUUUGCCAAACUUAAUUCUUGGAUGCAAAGGCUGCAGAUUUAAUAUAUGGAGGAAUUAUCACUGUUUCCUUCCAUGUUACGAAUUCUACCCUGCUUUAAGUGUGUAGAGAUGAAUUCAUAAAGUUAUACUUCCCCUGGACUAUAUGCUUUUUUUCAAUUUGGCAAAGUUCCCACAGCAUGUGUGGAGUCAUUAGUCCACAUAAGAGGCGUUUGAGGGGCACCAAAAAGAAAAAUCAUGAAUUAUAAAUGUCCAUUUCCCCACAUGAAUGGAGUCAGAAUUAUUUUGUGGCAGAUAAGAGUUGUGUUUUUAUGAUGAAUACUAUGAGUAAUGACCAAUCGAAUGUCUUUUCAACACAAACCCAGGACGCUUCCUGUUCACUCUGGAAACUUUUAUUAAAGCAAACAAUCACACAGAA